AAAAGUCUACGUAGUUUAUCGUAGUUUAUGGACAGGCCCUAAUGAAGUGAUCGUUGAGCAUAAAGCGCAUAGGUAGCUCCCCAUAUGGAAUGUAAUACCAAGAAAAAAGAGGAAGGCAAACCAUAGACAAUUUUAAAUUCAGUGCCAAACGUAAAGUCAUAUACCUAGUUUUACUCAAUAGCCCCGAGAUCUUUUUAUUUGAAUAUAUAGGACUGAGUCUCGAACCUUUGAUAAAUUCAGAAAAUAAUACAGCUAAUCCUAAAUACGUGCUAAGACGAUCGUAGAAUCGAUCUACACCUUCAAUUAAGCAGAAAUACCUCAAAAGUGGACGUGCGUUUGAGAACGUUAUAACUUAUUGACAAGUUCUGUUCUAGACUUGGAUAAACAAUAAACAGUCUGAACUAAAAACCAUGAUACACUGAAAGCAUCUCUGCAUUAUUUGGUUUUGUCAAAACACACGCCAAAACAUACGAGGAGGGGAGAGGAUCUUAUCUACGCGUCUAGGAUUUUGCAACUGAUAAGCCACCCCGCCGUAACAAAGUUUUGAUAUAAAAUAGACGCCGACGCUGAUCACUGUAUUCAGUACUCAGUGAUCAAUAAUUCGUACAACCUUAUCCAAGUUCGUCAAGAUGUUCAAGUUCUUCUUGGUUUUUGCUCUGGUGCCAGCCAUGGCCCUUGCUGCGGUGAACUUCCGUGUCUGUACCAACAAAGCUCCAACGCCCACCUCCCUGGCUGUGAACGACUGCUCCGGUGACAAUUGCGUCCUGGUUGCCCGGAAACCACUGUACGCCCUGGCCAGUGGCAUUGUCAGCCGCGUCAACAGCAGGACGGCCACCACCCGAAUCGUUGCCCGGUUUCUCGGUAUGGACCUCGGUUUCCGAACGCCUCCGGAGCUGACCAAUGCUUGCGAGGGUGGAAUCAUGGGUGGCUGUCCGAUCGUUGCCGGCAAGGCCUUCAACUACGCGAUAGUUGACGAUUCUCUGGAAGUUCCGGCGGUCAACAUGCCUGUGGAAAUUGAAGUCAGUCUAACCGGUGAUGGUGGUGCUGCUUUGGGUUGCGUUCGUUUCAAUGCACGAAUUGCGAAAAAGUAGUGUGAUUUUUUUUUGAAAAUGUUUGCUUUCUAAUGUGAACGUUUCGAUUGUGCGUGAGUUAUGAGCAACUAAGAAAAGAAUCUCAAAUUUUUGGUACCGAACUUUUGACUUAUUAUUACUCUACUCUAAGUUUUUUUUAAAUUAUUUAUUUGUAUUUUAACAAUGCUUAUUACUAAUUUUGAAUAUAUAUGUACAUUUUUAAUAGUUUAUGUGUUUUUAGUAAUAUCUGCAUCACAAAGUACCAAUGUGGGUUAUGUGCUUGGGAA